AACUUCCGGCCGGCACCUCAGCGGUUGCCAGGGGAGACAUUCACCAGGCGGCAGAAGGUUCUGAGGCGGAGCGCGGGAACGCUGACUAGCAUGGCGGCCCCCGGGGCUCCGGCAGCCUCGGGGCCCGGGUAUUCCCAGAGCUGGUGCUCGUGUCCCGAGAUGCCAUUCGCCACCUUCUUCACGGCGCUGGUCUCGCUGCUGGUCUCUGGGCCCCGCCUGUUCUCUCCCCAGCCCCCUCAGGCGCCCUCGGACCUGUCGCUGGGGUCCGAGGCUGUGCGCAACUGGCAAGUUUACAGGCUGGUGACCUACAUCUUUGUCUAUGAGAAUCCAGUCUCCCUGUUCUGCGGUGCAGUCAUCAUCUGGCGCUUUGCUGGCAAUUUUGAGAAAUCCGUGGGCACCAUCCGCCACUGCUUCUUCACCUUGAUCUUCACCGUCUCCUCCGCUAUCAUCUUCCUGUCACUUGAGGCUGUGUCAUCGCUGUCAAAGCUGGGGGAGGUGGAAGAUGCCAGAGGUUUCACCCCAGUGGCUUUUGCCAUGCUGGGAGUCAGUACUAUCCGCACUCGCAUGCGGCGGGCCUUGGUGUUGGGCGUGGUCAUGCCCUCCAUCCUGGUGCCCUGGCUCCUGCUGGGUGCCUCUUGGCUCAUUCCCCAGACCUCUUUCCUGAGCAACCUCUGUGGCCUUUUGAUUGGGCUGUUGUAUGGCCUCCCAUACUGCUGUAGCCUUGACAUUCCGGAGCGAGUGGCCCUGAAGCUCGACCAGACCUUCCCCUUCAGCCUCAUGAGGAGGAUGCCCAUGUUCAAAUACGUGUCAGGGUCCUCGGCUGAACGCAGGGCAGCCCAGAGCCGCAAGCUGAACGCUGUGCUCGGCUCCUACCCCACACAGAGCUGCUAUCCUCACCGGCCCCCGAGCUACCCUGUCAUCAAGAUGCAGCAUGCCAGUGACCAGCAACCGGCCCCCUGGCCAACAUGCACUCCCGGGCACGUGCCCAGCCUGCCUCCGUACCAGCCUGCGUCUGGCCUGUGUUAUGUGCAGAACCAUUGUGGUCCAACCCCUAGUUCCUCCAGUGUCUACCCAGUUCCUACAGGGACCUCUCUGGUGGUCCCACCCACCGACCCCAUCAUCUGCCCUGGCAUGGCGAACUCUGUGGCUCGCGGUCCUCCAGCGCCUGUGGGCUCCCAGGAGGCUAGCACAGUUCGGAUGCCCUGAGGGUCUCCAGGGAAGGUGACUCACAUCUUGGCAUUCUGAGCUAAGAUUUCUUGACAGAAAUUUAUUGAAUACCUCUGUAUACCAGGCUGUGUUGAAUCCUUGGAUAAAGGCCCAUUUUUCAGUCUCA